AUGGAUUUUGGAAGAAGAAGAACUCAAAAGUACACUUUUAAGAGUCCAAAAUUGGAGGAUUUAAGAAAGCUAGGAUCUCUGGUGGUUAAUUCUGAAGACUUCAAAGGCAAUAAUGAGAUACUUCUACCUCUUUUAAAGACCAACACGGUGGAAGCGAAUCUGGCUACGUUAGUCCAGUUCUAUGAUCCACUGUAUCAGUGCUUUACCUUUCCAGAUUAUCAGCUUGUGCCUAUCUUGGAGGAGUUUUCUCACCUGAUUGGCCUACCAAUUCCUGAUCAAGUCCCCUUUUCCGGUUUAGAAGAAAUUCCAAAUAAUCAAGACAUUACAGAAGCUACUCAUUUAAGGGUGUCUGAGAUCAAAGCUAGUCCGACUAUAAAAAGAGGAAUUCUUGGCUUGCCUGCUAAAUUCUUGAUAGAGGAGGCUCGUUAUUUUGCUAGAAUGAAAAGUAUGGAUUCUUUUGAGUCUAUUAUCGCCUUGCUCUUCUAUGGAUUGUUCCUCUUUCCUAAUGUUGACGACUUUGUUGACAUUAGUGCUAUCAAAAUAUUCCUAAUUGGAAAUCCAGUUCCAACCUUGCUCGCAGAUGUUUUACAUUUAGUCCAUCUCAGGAAUUCUCAUAAGGGAGGAAUGAUCAUAUGUUAUACGACUCUGCUCUAUAAGUGGUUUAUUACGCAUUUUCCUCGAUCUAAUGCAUUUUGGGCCUCAAGGAUGGUUUUCUAUGGUCACAAAAGAUUAUGUCUCUCACUCAUUCUAACAUUGAUUGGUUUGGUCGUGUUUAUGAGGGAGUGA